CCCCUCCCCCCCAACAAAGUAUAACCUGCACUGGGUCUAGGUACCAGGGGCGCAGUUUGCUAACAUUCUCCUUCGCGGUGUCAUCUGCUUCCACGCACCUGGAGAGCGUCAACCCAGCACAAACUCACAGUGAGAACCAUGUCAGUGCUAUCGGUACUGAUGCUGUUGUUCCUGGGAUCCACGAACCCCACGCGGGCCGCGAGACUACUGGAAGUGCUCUACGAGUGGAAGGAUGUGGAAUUCACUUUCUCUAGUCAGUCCGCCAGAGACGUGUUAAUCAAGACAAGGGCCUACAUUCCUGGCAACUCGUAUCCCCUAGACGUGGACAGCUGGCAGCAGGGUACCGGCGAGGACCAAGUGUUUGUGACAAUUCCGCGCUUCAGCCCCGGCGUGCCAGCAACACUCACCACAGUGGUCCGCUCCGAAGAAGGCCGCCAAUUACUGUCACCGUACCCGGACUGGAGCUGGCACAGAGAGGGCUCCUGCGACGGUAUCACAUCAGUGUUCAGAAUCCAGGUUGACCAAUGUGGUCGAUUAUGGGUGCUGGACAGUGGUGUGGUCAACAUCUUUUCCCAAAGAAAACGCAUAUGCCAGCCACAGGUCCUCGUAUUUAACCUGAAGAACAAGAAGUUGCUGCUACGAUAUCGAAUACCGGACAGCGUCCUUCGGGAUCACUCCAUUUUGGCCACAAUUGUGGCUGACAUCCUCGAUGCGAACGGAAAAUGCAGGGAGUCUUUCGCCUACAUAGCCGACGUCACCGGCUUUGGUCUAAUUGUUGUUGAUGCACACAGAGAGAAAUCCUGGCGAGUAGUCAGUAACUACUUCUUCCCUUACCCUCUGAACGGACACUUCGAUAUCAACAACGCGCAGUUCGACUUGAUGGACGGUGUACUUGGCCUCGGGCUGUCUCCUCCCCAGAAUGACAAGAAGAAAGACAAAACUCUGUACUUUCACAGCCUAGCAAGUGUUCGAGAAUCGUGGGUAUCGACAGCAGUCCUACGGAACGAAUCUAAUUUCCAAGAUAACGUUAACGCUGUUCCUCAAGAGUUCUAUGUUUCUCAAGGCACGCGCCCAAGCCAAUCAGCUCCUUCUGCUAUGGAUGGCGAAGGUGCUGCUCUCUUCUUCAACGUCUUGUCCAAGAAUUCGCUCAACUGCUGGAACCCACGACUACCCUAUAAUGAAAACAACAUUGUGGAACUGGACCGGGAUGACGUUAAAUUUCAGUUUGCCAGUGGUUUAAAGGUGAUUCGAGACCGCUCAGGCAAGGAGUGGGUGUGGGCGCUGACAUCUAGGUUUCAGAACCUGAUGGUCAAUAACGUGAACCACGACGAGGUGAACUACAGGAUCCUGAGGGCGCCGGUCGCGGAACUCGUCAAAGGCACGAGCUGUGCCGCCCGAACUUCCGCGUCCUACGUCUCCGUGACGCAGAACGCGCCUAAACCAGGGUACACGCCAAUCGUGUUCGCUUAGGACAGGUGUGUGACGUGCAGGGAUGGCGGCGUGGCGAGUCUCGGAGAGCAAACUGUUAACGGCAAUAAUGUUAUUACACUAAUGACAUGUAACAUGGUAUCUUAUUAAUGUUAAGUUCCCCAUUUAGCACAGUUCUGAUAUUGUCGAUAGAAUGCCAGUAAAAAAUCAAACUAAAAUUCAUAAAUACAUUGCAGGCCUAAGAAAUUUGCUUAUUCGAGACAGAACACGUAUGCACCCAAGAUACUGUUUUGGAACUGACAAGAAAUGCUCUUACAGCAGCGAAAUAAAUCUUUUGCAGUUUAUCUCCUGUUACUUACUUAUUUACUGUUUAACGACGCUGUCGGUGAGCCAGACCGUAUGACGUCAAAUGAUAGAAUGACAAAUGAAUUUGAAAUAAUGUGGAUGGAAGCAGUUGUGGCUUAAUUUCAAGGCACUAUUCUGUCACAAGUCACAGAGUAUUCUUAUAACAGUUAACUCAAGGUGGUUACGAUGGGUUAGUCGAGUGAUAUGAUCAAAAUAUACCUUAAGAGAACUAGGUUGUAGAACUAAGUGGUCGAUGUAACUGGCUAAAGAUCGUUUCUACCAACAGAUUUCGGCAUGGGCGGUACUGAACUUUCGGUGUUAUUAGUUACAUCAGCAUUUUUCAUAGGAAAUUGCCUGAACGUUCAUAUUUACUGUUUCAGCCUUGAAGCUGACCUUGAUGCCUCACUUCUGCGGACAUGCUCAUUGUCAUUCAUCCUGUAGUCAUUAUUAUUGCUCUGAUAUUAACACAAUCUCUGUUCGCUAUCUGUUCAGAGGCUGCGACUACUAACACGUUAGCCUUUACCUAACUGCCUUGUUUAUUGUAUUGUGUUAAUUCGGCUAAAAAUUAAAAUGUGUUACAUGGGCUUACCGUAACAAAUACUGGCAUUUGCCUGUACUGGAUUUAAAUGUUGCACCUUUCCAGGACUUAAAGUGUCGCACCCAAUUGCUGAUUUUAUUCCAAAUAUAAAACAGCUUGAGUAGUGGCCCACCUCAGGUCAAUAAACGUAUACAGAUGUAAAUUAUUUAAACAGAAAAAAAAAUUAAAAACGUCACUUUAUAAAUGUAAAUUUGACUGUGAUAACCCCGUAUACACAGAAUUUAAAUUACUUAUAUUAACUGUUUAAUGACCUACAGCAACAGGUUUAAAAAUGGCUGCUGUCAGUCACUGCCUGAUAAAUGAUUUUUAUGGUAAGUCUUGUAAUACUGAUAAAUUGUUAAAACUUCGAUGGUCUGGCAGAAAACUUUGAUAAUUAAAUAAAAUAGAAUACUUUUGUGCUAAUAUUUAAGUAUUCGCAAAUGUAAAAUUUUCCCAAAUAAAGCUGAUAACUUUUAAAAAUCGCUUGUUAAGUUAUUGGAUUUAGAAUCAAAUCUUAACUUUAAGCAGCAUAGCUGCUGCGGCUAUGAAUAAGCUCAUAUAUCACGAAGUCCUGUAAAACGUUUUAAAUGCUCGUGUAUAAUUGUAUUUACAAAUGCUUAAAUUGGUUUCUGAAACCACGAGAGGUUUUUUAUUAUAAAGAAACAAUGGAAAAACAUAAGACACGAAUCAGAGUUACCCCCCAAUCUUUGUCAUUAGAAUGGAAUAACUUCUUUGAAUAAACGAACAGAUCUACAGAA